UAUCUGAGACUGGCACAGAGCUUGGAGCAGAGAAAGGGAAAACACGGAGGUGCCCAAGGAACGGAGACACAAUGAUGUCAUCCCAGCCAACAAGCCACCAUGGAUUUCGUGAAACCAUACCCAACCCUUACACAGCAAGCAGCUUUGUGGCUCCUAGGUUUCAACAGCCUCAGCCUCUGGGUUCAAUAAACCAAGGAAACCAAGCUCAGGGGGACCAACCUCCCUUCACCAUAUCUUCAGGCACCUUUGCUGGCAGUCAGCUGGGUCAAGGAAAUACACAAAUGACAAAUCCAUCUAUGGAAAGAGUGGCAACAAACUUUAGAGAAGAAGCAAAGACACUAGCGGCAAUCCAGAUCGUGAUUGGAUUGAUGCAGAUUGGUUUCGGAAUUAUUUUGGGUUUACUACGGUUCUCAUAUGGACAAAAUUUGGGUUUUAUCUCUAUUACUUUCAUUGGUGGAUAUCCAUUCUGGGGUGGCCUCUGUUUCAUUAUUUCUGGCUCUCUGUCUAUAUCGGCAACCAAGGAGACUUCCUCUUGUCUGAUAAAAAGCAGCCUGGGAACGAAUAUUAUUAGUUGUAUCUUUGCCAUUAAUGGAGUGAUUCUGUUGCUGAUGGAUAUAAGCAGCAAUGUCAUAGAUGGCCAAAGCUAUUGGACAGUGGUUUCUGGAAAAGGCAUUUCAGCCAUGUUGAUGAUCUUCUCUGUCCUGGAGUUGUGCAUAGCUUGUGCCACCGCCCAUUUUGCCCAGAAAAUAAUCUCCAACACCAGUAGGGCCGUCCUGGUUAUUCCAGCUCCCACUGUGUAUGCAAACAACCCCUUGCCACCAGAGUAUUCCUCCGUUCCUCCCAGAAACGAUGCUUACCCAGCUUAUCCGCCUAGCUAUUAAAAGUAAAAGGGUCACCAGUCUGAUCUCAUGGGUAAAAAUCACUCUUCAGAAACUUAAGAAGAUAGUUUUUUGUUGUCCUUGAUGAGAUCCAUUCUUAGGUUUGUCCCUAAUGAUAACUCUGUCUCCCUUUCACUGGCAAAAGUAAAGAACCACAGGACUGAAAAAUGACUCUGCAACUCUCUUAAAGUUAGAAAUUUUCCUGUUCGUGUUACCUUUUCCUCAGUAAAAUGUCAUUAGGAA